AUGAAAGCUGAAAAUCACACAGGGGUAGCACAGUUCUUCCUCUUGGGCCUUUCAGAUGAUCCAGAACUUCAGCCCCUUCUCUUUGAGCUGUUCCUGUCCAUGUACCUCGUCACAGUGCUCGGGAACCUGAUCAUCAUCCUGGCCAUUAUCUCUGACUCCCACCUCCUCACCCCCAUGUACUUCUUCCUUGCCAAUUUAUCCUUUGUGGACAUCUGUUUCACCUCCACCACAGCCCCAAAGAUGCUGGUGAACAUCCAGACACACAAGAAAGGUAUUUCCUAUAUACAGUGCUUAUCUCAGGUUUAUUUUUUCAACACUUUCCUGGGAAUGGAUAGGUUUAUUUUGACAGUGAUGGCCUAUGACCACUUUGUGGCCAUCUGCCAUCCCCUAAUAUACACACACAUUAUGAACCCUUGGCUUUGUGGAUUCCUUGUUCUGAUAUCCUGGGUCCUCAUGUUAUGUGUCUCCCUUAUUCAUAAUCUGAUGAUGCAGCUCAUCUUUUCUACAGGCACUGAAAUCCCUCAUUUCUUUUGUGAACUGGCUCAGGUUCUCAAGGUGACCAGAUCUGAUACACUCAUCAAUAAUAUCUUUAUAUAUGUGACCACUGUCCUGAUAGCUAUGUUUCCUGGAUCUGGGAUCAUCUUUUCUUACUCUCAGAUUGUCUCCUCCUUGCUGAGGAUGUUCUCCACUGCAAGCCGGUAUAAAGCCUUUUCCACCUGUGGGUCUCACCUCUGUGUGGUCUUACUGUUCUAUGGAACUGCACUUGGAGUUUACCUGAGUUCUGCUGGGAACCAUUCUUCCCAUGAAAGCUCUGUUGCCUCUGUGAUAAUGAAGACUGAAAGCUCUGUUGCCUCUGUGAUGUACACUGUAGUGACCCCCAUGUUGAAUCCCUUCAUCUAUAGCCUGCGGAAUGAAGACGUGAAGGGGGCCCUGAGAAGAAUUCUCCACAGAGCAGCCUGUGGUUCUUUAUGGACCACUGACCUCAGAACCAAGGGGAUACUAUAA